AUGGCGAAGCUGCCAUGCCCCGUUACUCCUAGUCAUCAACGCCUGUUUUUGCUAGUAAUAAUAAUAGCACUCUCCUUGCUUUCUUUUUGCUUUCGUUCUUCGCUUUCAGAGAUCAUUUUCGAAGAGCGUUUUGAAGAGGGGUGGCAAAGACGUUGGGUUAAAUCCGACUGGAAAAGCAGUGAAGGCAAAGCAGGUUCCUUUAAACACACAGCUGGAAAGUGGUCUGGAGACCCAGAUGAUAAAGGAAUUCAGACAUCAAAUGAUGCGAAACAUUUUGCCAUAUCUGCAAAGAUAACAGAGUUCAGCAACAAGAACAGGACGUUGGUCCUCCAAUACUCUGUACGGUUUGAGCAGGAAAUUGAAUGUGGUGGGGGUUACAUAAAGCUUAUGUCUGGAUUUGUUAAUCAGAAGAAAUUCAGUGGGGACACUCCAUACAGUUUAAUGUUUGGACCAGAUAUAUGUGGCACGGAUACAAAGAAGCUCCAUGUUAUACUCUCUUACCAAGGCCAGAAUUACCCCAUCAAGAAGGAUUUACAGUGUGAAACCGACAAGUUGACUCAUUUUUACACCUUCAUUCUUAGGCCUGAUGCAACGUAUAGUGUCCUAGUCGACAACAGAGAAAGGGACUCUGGAAGCAUGUACACAGACUGGGAUAUUCUUCCUCCAAGAAAGAUUAAAGAUGUUAAUGCAAAGAAGCCAGCAGACUGGGAUCUUAGAGAAUACAUUGAUGAUCCUGAUAGCGUCAAACCUGAGGGAUAUGAUUCAAUUCCAAGAGAAAUUUCAGAUCCAAAAGCUAAAGAGCCUGAUGACUGGGAUGAAGAAGAGAACGGAUUAUGGAAAGCUCCAAAGAUACCAAAUCCAGCUUAUAAAGGACCAUGGAAACCCAAGAAAAUCAAGAACCCUAAUUAUAAAGGGAAAUGGAAGACUCCUUGGAUUGAUAAUCCUGAGUUUGAAGAUGACCCUGAUCUUUAUGUGCUUAAGCCAAUUAAGUACGUGGGUAUCGAAGUUUGGCAGGUAAAGGCUGGUUCAGUUUUUGACAACAUUUUAAUUUGUGAUGAUCCUGAGUAUGCCAAACAAAUUGUCGAGGAAGUCUUUACCAAUAGAGAGGCUGAAAAGGAUGCCUUUGAAGAAGCAGAAAAAAAGAGGAAGGCACAAGAGGAAGAGGAAGCUCAAAGAGCGAGAGAGGAGGGUGAAAGGAGGAGAAGAGAUAGGGGUUACAAUCGACGUCAAGACAGAUACCGAAGGCACCGCCACCGUGAUUGGGAUUAUGAUCAUGACGAGCUAUGA